AUGGUCCAUUUUUGGCAAAUUAUCUUGCUCCCCUCUUUUCUCCUCAAUAUCGUCAAGGCAGUUCCAUCCCCACUUCCAUCAAAUCUCGCCAUCCACACAAUCUACGAAUUCCCCAACGAAACCUGGAUUGAGAACAUCGCCGUCAGCUCAAAUGGCAACCUCCUCUUGAACCUCCUCAGCACCCCUCAACUAUAUCAACUCCAAGCGUUAAAUCCCGUUCCUGGCUCCGCCAAACUUCUCUAUACCUUCCCCUACGCAACAGGGCUCACAGGCAUUGCCGAGAUCCAACCCGACGUAUUUGCGGUCCUUGCGGGAAAUUGGUCAAUAGGAACAUUCAGCACCACACCCGGUUCGUGGUCCGUCUGGAAAGUUGAUUUUCGCCGUGGCAGGAAGAAUGACCCUGCUGUUUCAAAAAUUACAGACUUAACGAAGGCGAGUUUUGCUAACGGUAUGACGCUCCUUACGCCAGGGAGUCCCUACCUCCUUAUCGCGGACUCGGUAUUAGGCGUUGUAUGGCGUCUCGAUUAUCUGACUUCCGAAUACGAAAUCAUCCUUGAAUCGCCGCUUAUGCUGCCACCUCCUGGCCCAAUCGUGCUUGGCAUCAAUGGUAUCCAUGUUUUUGACUCGUCUGUCUACUUCACCAACUCAUUCCAGGGUCUCUUCGCACGUGUCCCAGUGGAGCUUUACGGACCCGAUGCCGGCUCUGCAACUGGAGAUUAUGUAGUAGUGGCAAACAACGGCCCCGGUGAUGAUUUUGCCUUCGACAAAGAGGGAAAUGCGUAUAUCACGCAGGACCCGAGUGAUGCCUUGGAGUUGGUGACGCGAAAGGGAAUGGUGACUGUUCUGGCUGGGAAUGUGAACUCGACGAUCUUGGAAGGUGAUACUGCUGCUUCAUUUGGGAGAACCAAAUGGGAUGAGAAUGUUUUGUAUGUGGUUACCAAUGGUGGUAUUGCUGGAGCUGUAAAAGGGACGCAGAUCACCGGUGGGAAGGUUCUUGCUGUUGAUGUGAAGGCAUUGUUGUCGAGUUAGUUACUUUAAGAGUUCAACUUCGAGG